UUCCUGCCUGUAGAGUCAGUGCCAGAAGUAGUCAGACGGGCGCCUGUGGUCACGUAUCGAACUUCCUCCCAGUGUUUCAGACUUUACUUCACUGCCCAGGAGCUUGAAGUAAGCAGCUCCUCAUUAGGCACAGAAACCCUCUAGACGGAUUAAGGGAAUAAUGAAGAAAGAAGUCAACUGAAGAGUACUGACUGAAGAGUUCCUACAAAAACAAUGAAUGCCACGCACCAGCAUCACCAUGGAUCAUUUCACCUAUGGAACCACAGCUCUGGAGCUCCGCCUCUAAGCCAUCAACAGCACCAAGCCGGAGCGGAGAGACACCAUGGUUCGUCUGGGUGUUACGAACAACUGCUAAUCUCCACCGAGGUCUUCCUCACGCUGGGCAUCGUCAGCCUGCUGGAGAACAUCCUGGUCAUCGCCGCCAUCAUUAAGAACAAGAAUCUGCACUCUCCCAUGUACUUCUUCAUCUGUUCCCUGGCCAUGGCCGACAUGCUGGUCAGCGUCUCCAAUGCCACCGAGACCAUUGUUAUGGCAAUGAUCACCGACGGAAAUCUGGGGAUUGGUGGCGGCGUGAUCAAGAGCAUGGACAACGUGUUUGACUCCAUGAUCUGUAGUUCCCUGCUGGCGUCUAUCUGGAGCCUGCUGGCCAUCGCCGUGGACCGUUACGUGACCAUCUUCUACGCGCUGCGCUACCACAACAUCAUGACCACGCGCCGGGCCGCCGCCAUCAUCACCAGCAUCUGGACCUUCUGCACCGUGUCGGGCAUCCUCUUCAUCGUCUACUCGGAGAGCACUACCGUCCUCAUCUGCCUCAUCAUCAUGUUCUUCAGCAUGCUGGUGCUCAUGGCCUCGCUGUACGUCCACAUGUUCAUGCUGGCGCGUCUGCACAUGAAGAGGAUCGCCAUUCUGCCGGGAAACGGCCCCAUCUGGCAGGCAGCCAACAUGAAGGGGGCCAUCACCCUCACCAUUCUCUUGGGGGUGUUCAUAGUGUGCUGGGCUCCUUUCUUCCUCCACCUCAUCCUCAUGAUCUCCUGCCCUAGGAACCCCUACUGCGUGUGCUUCAUGACCCACUUUAACAUGUACCUCAUCCUCAUCAUGUGUAACUCUGUCAUUGACCCGCUGAUCUACGCCUUCAGGAGCCAGGAGAUGAGGAAAACCUUCAAGGAGAUCUUCUGCUGUUGGUAUGGUCUCGCCUCUCUGUGUGUUUCUCUGUGUGAAAUGCCCAGCAGAUAGUGAAUCUUAUGGAGAUACUGCAUGUGAACUGUUUAAGGAGAAGGUGAACAGUUUAAAAGAAACAUAAUUAUAUUAUUUGUAAAUAAGGACAUAUUUUUGUCUUGCCUCAUGAUCCAAAUAAGAAUGGCAAAAUUGUUUAACAUGCUAAAGUAACUACAGGUAACUGCCAAAAUAAUGGAAAUGCCACCACGACCCACCAGUUGCAUUGCGCCUUGGCAUCGAUUCUACAAGUGUCUGGAACUCUAAUGGAUGGAUGUGACACCAUUCUUCCAUGAGAAAUUCCAUAAUUUGGUGUUUUGUUGAUGGUUUUGGAAAACUGUCUCAGGCUGCGCUCCAGAAUCUCCCAUAAGUGUUCAAUUGGGUUCAGAUCUUGAUUGAGACGGCCAUGGCAUAUGGUUUACAUCGUUUUCAUACUCAUCAAAUCAUUCAGUAACCACUUGUACCCUGUGGAUGGGGGCAUUGUCAUCCACUCCUAUCAGGAUAGAAAUGAUUCACCACAGGUUGAAGGUAAUCACUAUUUAUUGGCGUUUACCUUGGGUUGAGUGGACCUAAACCAUGCCAGGAAAAUGCACCCCACGUGAUAAGAGUAGCCAGGACCCUCAUUUAUUCAAGUGUUUCCAUUAUUUUGGCAGUUUCCUGUACAUGUAUAUAGAUUUAUCUCACGAUCAAACAAAUUGUCAACAAAUGGUAUGGCUAUCAGUACAUUGAGAGGUUUGGGAAUUGUUAGAUGCUGUUUGCUCUCUAACACCCUGAGAAUAUUUAGAAAGACAGAAAGCGAUAUUGCUAUGAAAUAUUGUUUCCUUGAAAUGUGCAAGUACAAUGCAUCACAGUGCUUUUAAAGGAGUAGUCUUUGCAUGUUAUUUAGGAUAAUGCCUUUCCAGAUACAGUGAGUAUUGGUACAGUGUAUUGGGACAGUGUCACCUUUUUUUGUUGUUUUGGAUCUGUACUCCAGCACUUUGGAUUUUAAAUGAUACAUUGACUUUGAGGUUAAAGUGCAGACUGUUAGCUUUAAUUUGAGGGUAUUUACACACACAUUGGGUGAACUGUUUAGAAACUACUGCACAUUUUGUACAUAGUCUCCCCAUUUUAGGGGACCAAAAGUAUUGGGACAAAUUCACUUAUGAGUAUUAAAGUAGUCAAAGGUUUAGUAUUUGGUCCCAUAUUCCUAGCGCUAUAUCAGCCCACACAGUUACAAGGAUGGACCUAAUAUUGAAGCUUAUAGAGAUCCCAACUGAUGUAUAGAAUGAAAAUGUUUGGUUUAGAUACAAGCAUCAUG